GCCAAGAAACUGCCAAGUCAGGAAGCUCCUCAUUCAAAAGCUUUAAAGAGGGAGGUGUGGCAGGGGUGUGAAGUCAGUGUCCCGGAUUUGGUCUGCUGAGCCCAUCCAGAGGAGGGUGCGUGAUGAAGGCUCUGCCCCUCCUGCUGGUCCCCAGCCUGGGGCUGCUGGUGUGCGGCAGGUCUCUGUGUCCAGUGGAGGAAGCCAUCGACGAGAUGAUCCAGGACGGCACCCACGCAAUCCUUGAGACAGUGAGGACCAUUGGCCUGAGCUGCCAAACCGUCACCUCCAGGGGUGACCUGGCCACCUGCCCCUCAGGCUUCACCGUCACCGCCUGCACUUGCGGCUCCGCCUGUGGCUCGUGGGACGUGCGCGCGGACACCACAUGCCACUGCCAGUGCGCGGGCAUGGACUGGACCGGGGCUCGCUGCUGUCGCUUGAAGACCGCCGCCUGAGGGCGCCCGAGUGCCGCGCGGGCUGGGGGCGGGGCCGGGCCUCGGAGGGGGCGGGGA